UCUGAGGCUUCCGUGGGAACGCACGAGCCUGUUCCUUGGCCACUAGCAGACGCCCGCAGCGCCCAGUCUCCUGCGCCGCGGCAUCCCCUGAACCCCGGCCGGGCGCCGUGGGCAGCUGAGGACAGCAUGCGGGACUACGACGAGGUGACCGCCUUCCUCGGCGAGUGGGGACCCUUCCAGCGCCUCAUCUUCUUCCUACUCAGCGCCAGCAUCAUCCCCAAUGGCUUCAAUGGUAUGUCAAUCGUGUUCCUGGCGGGGACCCCGGAGCACCGUUGCCGUGUGCCUGACACCGUGAACCUGAGCAGCGCGUGGCGCAACCACAGCAUCCCGUUUGAGACGAAGGACGGACAACAGGUGUCCCAGAGCUGCCGCCGCUACCGACUGGCUACCAUCGCCAACUUCUCCGCUUUGGGCCUGGAACCGGGACUGGACGUGGACCUGGACCAGCUGGAGCAGGAAGACUGCCUGGAUGGCUGGGAGUACAGCAAGGAUGUCUUCCUCUCUACCAUCGUGACCGAGUGGGAUCUGGUGUGUCAGAAUGACUGGAAAGGUCCAUUCACCAUCUCCUUGUUUUUCGUUGGUGUGCUGUUGGGCUCCUUCAUUUCAGGACAGCUCUCAGACAGGUUUGGUCGGAAGAAUGUGCUGUUUUUGACCAUGGCCAUACAAACUGGAUUCAGCUUCCUACAGGUCUUCUCUGUGAACUUCGAGAUGUUUACUGUGCUCUUUGUUCUUGUUGGCAUGGGUCAGAUCUCCAACUACGUGGCAGCAUUUGUCCUGGGAACAGAAAUUCUUUCCAAGUCAAUUCGAAUUAUAUUUGCCACCUUAGGAGUGUGCAUAUUUUAUGCAUUUGGCUUCAUGGUGCUGCCUCUGUUUGCAUACUUCAUCAGAGACUGGAGGAUGCUGCUGCUGGCACUCACUGUGCCAGGGGUGCUGUGUGGGGCUCUCUGGUGGUUUAUUCCUGAGUCCCCCCGAUGGCUUAUCUCUCAAGGCCGGAUUAAAGAGGCAGAGGUGAUCAUCCGCAAAGCUGCCAAAACCAAUGGGCUUGUUGCACCUUCCACUAUCUUUGAUCCAGAUGAGUUACAAGACCUAAAUUCCAAGAAGCCUCAGUCACACCACAUUUAUGAUCUGAUCCGAACCCGGAAUAUCAGGAUCCUCACCAUCAUGUCUAUAAUCCUGUGGCUGACCAUAUCAGUGGGCUAUUUUGGACUUUCUCUGGACACUCCUAACUUGCAUGGGGACAUCUAUGUGAACAGCUUCCUUUCAGCGGCUGUUGAAGUCCCAGCCUAUGUGUUGGCCUGGCUGUUGCUGCAGCACUUGCCCAGGAGAUAUUCCAUCUCUGCUGCCCUCUUCCUGGGUGGCAGUGUACUUCUCUUCGUGCAGCUGGUGCCUUCAGAAUUGUUUUAUUUGUCAACUGCCCUGGUGAUGGUGGGCAAGUUUGGAAUCACCUCUGCCUAUUCCAUGGUCUACGUGUACACAGCUGAGCUCUACCCCACUGUGGUGAGAAACAUGGGUGUGGGGGUCAGCUCCACAGCAUCCCGCCUUGGCAGCAUCCUGUCUCCCUACUUUGUUUACCUUGGUGCCUAUGACCGCUACCUGCCUUACAUCCUCAUGGGAAGUCUGACCAUCCUGACAGCUAUCCUUACCUUGUUCUUCCCAGAGAGCUUUGGUGUCCCUCUCCCAGACACCAUCGACCAGAUGCUAAGGAUCAAAGGGAUAAAACAAUGGCAAAGCCAAAACCAGACAAGGAUGCUAAAGGAUGGUGAAGAAAGCCCAACAGUCCUAAAAAGCACAGCCUUUUAACCCUCCAGAAGGUGAAAAACUAAACAGACAACCUGCUUGUUGUCAGAAAUGCUGUCAAUGACCAGGGCUUUUCUGUUCUGUUGACCUUGUGUCUAAUGUGCUCACGGAUGGGUGCAUCUAUCCUGGAGAGCCACCUUCCUCUAGGGACAUGAAGACACACAGACAGCUUGCAC